AGGCGCUCGAGUCAGCAUCCCCUCUGCCUUAAUUCCCAUCACCACCGUCACCCUUCAACAUCCGACAAAAACACCCAAAAAAGCCACAGGGAUACUGGGGAAGGGGAUGGAUGUUGUCGAGGAUGAGCUGAGCCUUUGACACCAUGAUGAACCCAUCUUCUGCCGACUCGUCGCGGCAGCCAGACAAUAGCAGCCGGAAGCAGCAGCGGUCGUCGUCCCCGGCCGGGCUCAAAGACGGUGGAGCUAAAGCUACACAGAAGGGCAGCAACUCGUCAAAGCCCAUCACGUCGAAACAAGGAGGAGGAGGAGGAGGGAGAAACAGCCGAGGUCAUUCUCCCGUUUCCACAGGCAGGGAGCGGCAGGCAGGAGGGGCUCCUGCCAUCAAAGGCGCGGCUGCUGUCCAGGCAGCUGGUGCUGAAAGCCCGACGCUGAGCAGGCCCGCGGCGGCGGCGGCAGACAGAGGCGGCAUCCACACAUCCGACGACUCCACCCGCCUCGUCACUGAUGCCUCCUCACCCUCGAGAGCAGAUCCGAACCGCGUCGUCUCCGACCAGCCCUGCGCAUCCAAAUCCCCCAAACUGAGGAGCAAAAACCCGAGAGGAGGGGAGGCCGCCGCGGCGACGAGCGGCAGUAAGAAGAGCUCCAAAGGCACAGUAGGCUGCGGACCCGGUUUCUGGAAGGAGGGAUGCUUGCAAUCCGAGCUAAUUCAGUUUCACUUGAAUAAAAGCUUGGGGAAGAAAGGGACAAAGAUGCAGGCGAAAUCAGCAUCUCCGCCGGCCUCAGAGCCGGAGCUGUCCCCCGAGCCAGACUGUCCACAACCGGCUCCACAGCCAGACCAGAGACUACAAGAUGAGAUUGAGAGGCUGGAGGAUGAAAACGAUGAUCUAAAGACUGAAAUCGAGGAGAUGCGGGCAGAGAUGGAUGAGAUGCGGGACACCUUCUAUGAGGAAGACGCCUGCCAGCUGCAGGACAUGCGCAGAGAGCUUGAGAGAGCCAACAAGAACUGUCGGAUUCUCCAAUAUCGACUGAAGAAGGCCGAGAGGAAAAGGCUCCGGAUUACAGAAAGUGGCCAGGUGGAUGGAGAACUGCUCAGAAGUCUGGAGCAAGACCUGAAGGUGGCAAAGGAUGUGUCUGUGCGCUUGCACCAUGAGCUGGAGAAUGUGGAGGAGAAGAGGACAAAGACAGAGGACGAGAAUGAGAAGCUGAGGCAGCAGCUGAUAGAGGUGGAGGUCACCAAGCAGGCCCUGCAGAAUGAGCUGGAGAAAGCCAAAGAGCUCUCAUUGAAAAGAAAAGGAAGUAAGGAUGGACAGAAAGCAGAGAGAAAGACUCCACAGACACCGAUCGAGGAAGAAAAUGAGGAUCUGAAAUGCCAGCUUGCCUUCAUCAAGGAGGAAGCCAUCUUGAUGAGGAAAAAGAUGGCAAAGAUCGACAAGGAGAAGGACCGACUGGAGCAGGAGCUGCAGAAGUAUCGCUCCUUCUAUGGGGAUGUGGACAGCCCUCUGCCUAAAGGUGAGGCUGGAGGACCCCCCACCACCCGCGAAUCAGAGCUGAAACUCCGCUUACGCCUGGUGGAGGAGGAGGCGAACAUCCUGGGGAGGAAGAUUGUGGAGCUGGAGGUGGAGAACAGGGGACUGAAAGCUGAGCUGGAUGACAUGAGGGAGGACAGUAUGGCAGCUGCAGGAGUGGACAGCUCCGGCAGUGGAGGUCAACAGUGCAGGGAGCAGGGCGAGGCUCUGUCAGAGCUGAGGCAGCAGCUUCAGCUGGUGGAAGAUGAGGCAGAACUUCUCCGCAGAAAUUUAGCAGAUGUGGAAGAGGAGAACAAAAAGGUGACAAGUGAGCUUAAUAAACUGAAGUACAAGGCUGGAUCGCAUGAAGCUGGAAUGAGACAUGGAGGAGGAGGAGCUGACCCCGCUAAGGUGGAGGCCCUCCAGGAGGAGCUGAAAGCAGCACGUCUGCAGAUCAAUGAACUGAGCGGAAAAGUUAUGCAGCUCCAGUAUGAGAACCGCGUGCUGCUCUCCAACAUGCAGCGCUAUGACCUGGCCUCCCACUUGGGCAUCCGAGGCAGCCCGCGGGACAGUGACGCAGAAAGCGACGGAGGGCGGGACGAUGACACCCCCUCAGCCUCGGCUUCCUCCCCUCGCCUCCUCCCGCCCCACCGCAAACGCGAGGGCCCUAUUGGAGGGGAGAGUGACUCGGACGAGGUGAGGAACAUCCGCUGCCUUACCCCGACACGCUCCCUGUACUCACCCGUGGACAGCCGUUUUUUAUCCAGAAGCCUGAAGGACCGGCAGCAGAUGAUAGACAUCCGCAUCGAGGCGGAGAGGCUGGGCCGGACCAUCGACAGGCUCAUCGCUGACACCAGCACUAUCAUCGCUGAGGCUCGCGUCUACGUCACCAACGGGGAGCUGUUUGCCAGGCUGGAUGAGGAUGAGGAAGGUGGCAGGAUCAGAGAGCAUGAGCUCCUGUAUCGCAUCAAUGCUCAGAUGAAAGCCUUCAGGAAGGAGUUGCAGAGCUUCAUUGACCGGCUGGAUGUCCCCAAGCAGGAGGAUAAACAGGCAGAGGAGCCACUGUCUGUCACCCAAGGUACAGGAUAUUAUCAUUUUCCACGUAUGACGCACGCCACUCAUCUACUCAGAUGCUUUCAACAUUUAUUGGAGACCAAACACCUUGGAGUGACCGUGGAGCUUUAAUUAGGGAGGGGAGAACCGGAGGAUUCUGCUGGACCUGAAGACGGUUUUGGAGGAAGUGCAGGCAGAGGUGAAGAGAGAGGAGGAGAAGAGG